AUAGUUGUCCUCUCCCAUCCCGCAACAACAAUAGUGCCCUGGUUCCCCGCCACGCUUCUCGACGCCGCUCGUCUCCUUCGGUUUUCGCCUUCUUUUCAUCUCCUCGCGUGUUUCUGCUCUUCUCUGAUCUCUCUUCCCAACUCCUUCUUGACCGUUGUCGCUCUCGCUCGUGCAACACAAACCGCAAUGGCGGCCGAGAAGCUCGUCACCUCCGUGGACUUCGAGGACGACACGAUCACCGCCACCGUCACGUCCUCCGGCGACGCCGUCAAGGCCUGGCUCCGCCAGAUCCGCUACGUCUACCGCUGGGUCUACCACAAGCUCAUCGUGGGGCUGGACGUCGAGUGGCGCCCCAGCUACGGCCGCGCGCAGAAUCCCGUCGCGCUCCUGCAGCUCAGCGUCGGCCGCCGCUGCCUCGUCUUCCAGCUCCUCCACGCCGACUUCGUCCCGCGGGCCCUCCACCGCUUCCUCGCCAACCCGGACUUCCGAUUCGUCGGCGUCGGCGUGCAGGACGACGCCGGCCGCCUCAGCGACGACUACGGCCUCGAGGUCGCCAACGCCGUCGACCUGCGCGACCUCGCGGCCGACGAGAUGCGCAGGCCGUGGCUCCGCCAGGCCGGGCUCAAGGACGUCGCGGGCGUCGUCAUGGGGGCCAACCUCCAAAAGCCGCGUAGGGUCACGAUGGGGCCGUGGGACGCCUGCCGCCUCUCCCAAGAGCAGAUCCAGUACGCCUGCAUCGACGCCUUCGUCUCCUUCGAGGUCGGCCGGAAGCUCCUCACAGGCGACUACUCCUCCGACGAAGAGGAGAACUACUGAGGGAUCAGUCUAGGAAGAAGCAAGAGAAAUAUGUAAAAUGGAAGCUAAAAAAGAAGGCGACAUUGCAAGGAAUUGACCUCGAGAGAGGGAGGUUGAGGCUUGCGAGACAAAUGGAGUUGGGGAUUAUGUCGCGGGACAUGAAGAAAAUGGUUGAUCGGCAUGAAGAAAAUGAUCAACGAGCGCAAUAAUGAAGGCGUUUGAUUCAUUGAUGUACCCCAUAUCUAUGUAUGAAUUGGUAUAACUUUAUUUUGGCAAGUAAUGAAUUGUUAAAUUGCUGUUUAUUUGUAUCCUCGAAUUGUUGAAUUAUUGAUGAAUUUAUGUUA